GUUAUUUGAAACCUGAAUGAACCGACUUUACUAUACUUUACUCAACACCAUAUAAAAAGCCUAUCCAUCUAUCUUAUCCUCUAUAAUUUCUUUAGUCUUUACACAGACUCUCUCUCUCUCUCUCUCUCUCUCUCUCUCUCUCUGUGUGUUAUCAGAACUCAGACAAAUUCAGAAGCCAUGGCCUCCUGCGCUGCGAGGCUACUCUUCCAACCCGCACGUGUCAACUCCCACGUGCCACUCUCCCCUUUAACUGUUUCUUCCCGCUCACCAUUGCUCAUCACUAGGGACAAAGACAAAGACAUCAUCAACAACCGGUUCCUCUUUAAGCUCAGCCAACGGAGUCUGACGUCAGUAGCCAAGUCUUCACCGGAAAGUGACGGCAUUGUACCGGCCGACGAAGAUGGUGUCUCUCUUGGGACUUUGAAAUUGCCUUCCAAUACUAACCUUCAGAGAUUUGAGAGCUUGCUCUUCCAGUGGGGCAACAGUCUUUGCCAAGGAGCUAAUCUGCCACUACCUGUACCUUUGAAGGUAGACAAAAUUCCUGGUGGAGCUAGACUAGGUUUUAUUACGAUUGGUGAUGGGAAGACUGAGGUACUCGUGUACAUAGAUUGCUUGGUUUUUCCAGCAACUGCUGAUUCUGGUCCAGUUUUCCGAGCUAUAAGAAAUGGACCCUUAAAAGAUCAGUCACCUCCUGGUGAGCCAAGAAUCAUGAGAAGUCUUCUGGAAGCCCUAAAGAAGUCCGUGGAAAUCGCUAGAGUUUGAACGAGUAUUUUUUGUGUGUGUUAUAUGUAAUAUUUUUUUACUAUUAGAGUGUUAAAUUUAAUAGUAUAGAUUCUGUUUUAAUUAUAUCAACAUUUACAUUCAUAGUUUGUACUUUAAUGAAGCUUGGUUUUUGCAGAGAUCUUAGUCCUUGUCUCAUGUAUAUGCUUGCUGACCAAUAGAUCAUCCAGGGUUUAGAAUCUAAACGGAUUACCUUAGGCUUUUAGUUUAUUAUGAAGGUGAUGUAAAAUUGUUUAUAAACAGUGUCGAUCAGUAUGAAGCAUUUGCUUUCUAUAUGCAUGCUGGGAUAAGAACGCUGGAAAUGAUGUGCUUUCUUAUACUAUUUGGGUUGUGUGCUUCUAUAUGCUGACAAGAGUAUAUUUGUUGCCUUUUGGAUUUAUGUGAUUGUUCUCUUCUCAUAUAGCUUCCUAUAUUGCGGGUACAAGAAUUAUGGGAACAACAUGAAUCUUUUUCGGAUUAUAAGGGUUUAUGUGAUUCUAUAUUUCUGGGACAAAUAUAUCUGCUGCCUUUUUUAAUUUUAUGCUGAUUGUUAAUGAACAUAUAAGAGGUAUCUUGUCAAAGAGCAUAUAACUAGGUGAUUCUUAUGUGCACAUUUGUCUCAUCUUCAUGCUUUGGUUCUUUCAUCCUUAAACAAUGUCUUAUAGCUAGUUUAUCAAAAAAAAAAAAAAGAGUUAACAAGGCAUACUUAAAGAGACAAACUAGUAUAUUCAGUGACAUCCAUGCAGGCAGUAUAUUCAGCUAUAUUGCUAUAAAUAUUCUAGAAUCUUAAACUGAAAUGUUCACACUACUCUUAGCACUUGUUUUUAAUGGAAUGUUCUAAUUGGCAAAACAAAAGAACUUGGUUCAAGAAUCUUUGAUUUGGAUUUCGAAGAAAUGAAGAUACAAGCGGAGUUGGAAGGAAGGCUUGGUGAUGGAGAAGAAGAUGGUUAUGAUGCAGUUGUUGUGGGGUCUGGAUACGUGGCUCUGUUGCUGCUUGUCGGAUGUCAAUUGCAGGAAUAAAGGUAUGUUUAAUUGAGAAAGGCCGGAGAUGGGAAGCUCAAGAUUUCCCAACUGACAGCUUUAAGAUCAUGUCCACUGUGAGGAUGGAGAACCAGGAUUUAGGCAUCAGAUUUGGCCCAAAAGAUGCUCUAUUCCAGUGGCCUGUGGACUUGGUGGUGGUUUACUUGUGAAUGCAGGAGUGCCAACCCCAGUUUGUGCUAGAGGGAACCCAAAGUGGCCAAAGGAAUGGGAAGGGGAUUGGGAUCAUUGUGAAGCUUCAGCUGUUGCCAUGCUAAACACAAAGUAUUCCCAUCAAGUUUCCUGCUGCCAAGGUCUUGGGAGAAAUAGUUGACGAACAGAUUGAAAAUUUAUUUGAGACUUCAGUGAAGCUAAGCAUGAAUUUUGAUCUUGAAGAGUCAAUGGCUAAUUCAAUGACACCUCAAAAAAUUGACAGCUGCUUGGCCUGUGGAAACUGUUUUGCUGGGUGUCCUUAUAAUGCCAAAAGUUCUACUGACAAAAAUUAUCUAGUUUCAGCAAUCCAGGCAUAUUUCUAUCACUUCAUAUGUUAAUAACUGCAAAACUAUAUUUUCAUUUACAUGGUUCAGAAAUGUUCCAUAAAUAUAAUCUGCUUCUCAGAUUUUGUGGCUGAAAGUCCAAAACCAAAAUUGGUAAAGAUUAGAACUGCAUCAAUUUGUUUAAUCCAUUAUUUUAUAAUUUUUUUUGUAUUUUCAAAUGCUAUAAGAAAUAAAGGAAGUAAUAUUUGUUGGGUUGUCCAAACAGGUUCUUACUUUCCCUGUUAAAAUUAGAAUUUCUUUAUGUGGCAAGCAGGAUGCGAAGUUAGAACAGAAUGUCAAGUUCAGUAUGUGGUUAAAAACCCAUAUUAUACUUGCCAAGAAGAAGGCAGAAAUAGCAGAAAGAGAAGAUGGUGUGUUUACUUGGAUGAGAUUGACUAUUUAACUAGUGAUUUUGUAGUCCUCUCAGCUGGAGUGUUUGGCACAACUGAGAUACUUUUCCGGUCACAAAUGCGAGGAUUGAAACUUUCAGAUGCACUUGGCUCUGGAUUCAGCUGUAAUGGAAAUACUGUGGCCUAUCUUGCUGGAAGCCCACUACCCUUGAAUUCUUUUGGAUUAGGCCGAAAGCAACUCUCAAAGAUACCUUUUCAAGAACAGCCAGGGCCGGCCAUCUCUUCAUCUUACACGUUGUCAUUGGGUUUCACCAUCUAGGUCUUGGAACUUCUCUAGUAAAACUUAAAUUAACUAUACUUCUAAAUGGGGUGUUCCUUCAUGUCAGCUUGUCAUGAUUGAGUUUGAUCAUCAGAUUUAGUUGAUGAUGAAUCUGCUUUAGUAGCAAACAACACGUCAAAUUUAUCCUAUGGGGAAACCAGAUUAUGAAUUAUAUCUAUAUUUUGGCUUAAUAGAUGCUUCUGACAUGCUGAUUACCUAGGGGUGUUGAGUUUGACUUGAAUUAUGAUCCAAUAUGCUGGUAGAAUCCCCAACCUCGUGAAAGAACAUAGCCAGUGUGAAAUUAAUGUAUCUCAAUCCAUACUCUAUUGACGAAUGGCAUUAAAAAUUAGGUAGCUAGUAUGAUCAGUUUUUGAGUGGCUAUGCAGUCUAGGUCUUUGCACUAAUAAAUUUCUAUGAAGAUACAAUCUCAAAGUAUCCAAACAUGCUUGCAUACAUAGACAUGCAUGAAUUUAGAACUAUAAACAUUUUUUUUUUCGAUAAGAUAAGACAUAUUAUAGGUUUGAAAGCAAGUCAAGCUAUUGUUCUUAAUGCAAUGGGAUAUGAUGAAAGUGAUGGGAAAAUUAUGAUGGAAAAGGACAUGAACAGAAUUUGCUUUAGUCCACCCCAUGAUCCUUUACUUCCCAAAAAAAUCAAAGCCUUUCAAAAACUAACUAAGAAAUUAGGAGGAAUUCUCUUCUUAUGAAAGUACCGAAGCACAUCGGUCCAUCUUCUAGGUGGGUGCAAUGCAUCAUCUGAUCCUUCAUAUGGUGUUUGCAACCCCAGUGGUCAGGUAUUUAACCCAGAGUCUUCAGUCAUGGUGCACCCAGGCCUCUAUAUCUGUGAUGCUUCUCUGAUCCCAUGUUCUGUUGGCAUAAACCCAUCUUUUACUAUUGCAACUGCAGCUGAGUAUGUUAGUAAGCACCUUGUACAGGAUGUUCUCAAGCACAGGAGGGUUGAAACUGCUUAUCAAAAUCCACAUUCUAUCUCUAAUAAGAAUACAAAGAGCGGUUGGAGAUCAUGGUCAUGUUUAAAGAAACCAUGAGGGGUUAUGUGGGGGGUAUGCCAUGCACAGCUUAUCUAAAAAUGAAGAUGAAUUCUCAAGAACAGAAGGGCUUCAGUGAGUGGAAGUCGUGUAUCAGCAAUUGUUAUCCUUUUCUGAGAGGGAAAGUUGGUGGGUAUGUGGAAUUUAAAGCAAUUGAGAAGGAUAAAUUACAUAUCAUAGAUGGGAAAAUAUAUUCUUGAGGGAAAGAAGAUAGUGAAUCCUUAUCUGUUUGCAUUAUGUGCAUGGAGGGAGAUGACGACACUGCAUGUGACAUUGAAGAAAGUUGCAGAGAACAAUUCAAGGGAAGACAUGAUGCAUCUAAAAGGCGAGCUCAAUAUCUCCAUGAUAGAGCUUCUAAAGAGUUUCAUAAGCCUUAGAGGAAACAACAGAGGAAGGUUUAUAUGUCAUCUAUCAUACACACUCUACAGAACCUAUUUCCUACAGAUACCACAAGGGAGCCACAAAGACUUCACCCCAUCAGAUUUGUAUCUUAAAUUUUAUCCAAGCAGCACCCUCCAUGAAAUUAAAACAGAGGAUGGAUUUAUUAUCAGUUGCAGGCAAUGGAAGUGCAACCAAAAUUUCUCAAAGCUUGAAGGACCAAAACAACCAUAUCCAAUUCUCCUUCUUAAUGGGUGUUCUACUGAGAGUUACUGGUUGCCCACUGAACCAAACGAUCUAAUCAGAACUUUACUAGAAGAAGGGCAUGAAGUAUGGUUAUUGCAACCAAGGUUACACCCUUUGAAUCCUUCAAAUAACUUCACAAUUGAAGAUAUUGGAAGAUUUGAUGUCCCUGCUGCAACAAAUAGGAUCCUUGAAUUGCAUGGGAAGCACGUAAAGAUACAUGUUGUUGGACAUUGUGUUGGAGGCUUAGCCAUACAUGUUGCUCUCAUAGGAGGGCACCUCUCUGCAACCCAUAUAGCUUCUUUGUCUUGCACCAACUCUUCAAUGUUCAUCAAGUUAAAUCCUUUGUCCAUGUUUAAAAUGUGGCUUCCUCUGAUCCCACUUUCAAUGGCCAUACUAGGCAAGAACACAGUUCUGCCUUUGUUGGAGACAUCAAAGUCUAGUUUGCCUCAUCGACUCUUCAAAUCCAUUACCCGUUUGAUACCAUGUUAUGAAAGAUGCACCUGCAAUGAGUGUGAGGUUUUUUCUGGUGUAUUUGGAAACACAUUCUGGCAUGAAAACCUAAGCCCCAGCAUGCACUACUGGUUAAACAAAGAAAAUGUGACAAAGCUUCCCAUGGCAGCAUUUCCCCACCUUAGAAAAAUCUGCAACGCUGGUAACAUUGUUGACAGUGAAGGAAACAACUCAUAUUUGAUCCAUCCUGAGAGAAUGCCACUCCCUACGCUUUAUAUUUCUGGAGGAAGGAGUCUACUUGUGACUCCGGAGACUUCUUUUCUUGCUAACAAGUACAUGAAGUUGCACCAGCCCGGUUUUAGACAUGAAAGAGAUGUAGUGGAGGGCUUUGGGCAUUCAGACCUUUUGAUUGGAGAAGAGUCAUAUAAGAUGGUUUUUCCUCACAUUACAUCUCAUAUUAGAUCAGCUGAAAGAAAAAAUGGUGCCAUUAGUGUUGGGGGAAGGAAGUAUAGCUAGAGGCCAUGGAUUGGGAAGAUGAUCCUUACGAACAAUAUGGAGGUUUUAGCACUUGGUUUUCUCCUUGUGUUGUUAUUUUUGUUGUUUCUCAUGUUAGUUGCACUAUGCUUGUCAAUGUUCAAUGUGUUUUAAUGAGGAAAAGUUAUUUUAUAUCGUUUUGGUUGAUCCUUAUGAAGAAUAUGGAGGAUUUAGCACUUGGUUUUCUCCUUUUGUUGUUAUUUUAUUUGUUGUUUCUCAUGUUA